UCUCUGGGAUACCACCUGUAUGAACACGAGCGGUUUCCUAGAAAAGAAAACUCUGUGAUUGGCUACUUGUGAAACUCUAUACUUAAUGAAAAGCAUCUUCUGCCACUUCUGCGUGCCUUUGACAUCUUAACCUUGGACAAGACACAAGGAAACAUUUGGAGCUCUGGGACUUUAGCCCUAUCAGUUGAAUUGUUCUUUUUUUUUUUUUUUUUGGACAACAAAAUCUUGCUUAAUUGUUCUUUUUUUCUGAUUGAAUAUCAAGAAUUAGAAUCAAACUCAAGACGACCAAGAUUUUUAGGUGUGAACUAUAGAUAUUUAAACCAAUCACUUAUUAGAGACCAACUUCAACAACCUUCAAAGAAAGAAGUAAAAGAGAUUUUGUGCUAAAAUGGGUAAUAUGGACGGAAAGACAGUAGAAGAAUUGAGUGCCACUGAAAUUCACAGAUGGUAUAAGAAGUUCAUGACAGAGUGCCCCUCUGGUCAGCUAACACAGCAUGAGUUCAAGCAGUUUUUUGGCCUCAAAAAUCUCAGUCCAGCAUCAAAUCAAUACAUCGAACAGAUGUUUGACACCUUUGACUUUAACAAGGAUGGAUAUAUGGACUUCAUGGAGUAUGUGGCAGCCUUGAGUUUAGUGCUGAAGGGGAAGGUGGAGCAGAAGCUGAGGUGGUACUUUAAGCUUUAUGAUGUUGAUGGGAAUGGCUGCAUCGAUAGAGGAGAACUUCUCAAUAUUAUCAAGGCUAUCAGGGCCAUAAACAGAUGUAAUGAUGAGAUGACUGCAGAGGAAUUCACCAAUAUGGUUUUUGACAAAAUUGACAUCAAUGGAGAUGGUGAACUGUCUCUGGAAGAAUUUAUGGAAGGUGUGCAAAAAGACGAGCUUCUACUUGAGAUUUUAACCCGCAGCUUGGAUCUCAAACAUAUUGUCUACAUGAUCCAAAAUGAUGGUAAAAGGAUGGACCGACUAGAUUGCCCCAGACAGGAAAUCAUUAAUGAGAAUGAACAUGACUGAGCAUAUUGAACUGGUCUCUGUGUUGUUUGGGGUUUUUUCCCUCCUCCCUUGAUUUUGCAUGUGAGACACACUUAAACAGUGUAUACAUCAUGGACAAAUGGAGGUAAUGGGUGGCAACCAAAUUAAUUUAUUCCUCAAAACCUAUGAAAGGACUGACAUUUUAAAGUUGGGUUACAGCCAUCAAAUGCAUCUGAUGCCUACACUGUUUUCAACUAUCCGAGUGGAAUAAAUGCUACCUAAUUCAUUUUAGCUUUUUGAGGGUUGGUGAUGCUCUAGAUGGCAGACAUUUGAUUCUAUCAACCAACAGGCAAAUCACAUCUUACAACAUUAUGACACAAGAUAAACUUUGAUGAUAAAUAUCAUGGUAAUUAUUUUUCUGUAGAAAAAUCUUCUUGUAAUACUAAUUUUAUUAAAGAUGAUGUCAUCCUAAGUAGAGGACCAAAUUCAUAUCCCUCCACUUUGCCCUGGAAUAUAUAUCAAUGUUGUUUCCUGGUCGGAGGACUCAGGGACAAAGUUGUGUCUAGUGCAUUGAACUAUUGAUUGGUUUGAUAGCUCAGUACUAGUAAAGGGUUGUGCUGUAGUUGGGUUGGGUAGACACUGGAGGCGACGCAUGCAGCAUCAGGUAUCUCAAAAUGUAAUUGGGGAUUGGGAAACGUCACAUGUCAUGGAGACAGUAUGUGAGUACUGCAAGGUGAAAAAGAAGGAUGAAUGCUAGCAAUAAAUUGAGUACAUUGAUAUAUUAAUGUCCAAAUGGGCAGAUAUAAGUCACUAAUAUCCAUGGAUACCAACUGAACAAAAUUAAAUUACUAAUCCACUAGCUAUCUAGUAAUUUACAGCAUUUACAUUUAGUGUAAAGAAAAUUUUCCAAAACAAGUCUGAGCAAUUCAGAUUUUGAAAUUAGAAUAAAAUUUACUCUCCGCAUUCACCUGAUGUAGCCUUCAGUUGAUGCAAUACUGUUUUAGCUACAGACUAGCUUUAAAUAGCUCAAAACUGAAGUGCUGAGCAAUUCCUGAAUGUGUCCCAACUUAAAAAUAUAAGACCAUUUAAUAGUGUCCAGGACACUCAAUUUUCCAUGAAGAAGGUCCUAGCUCUAGCUACCUCCUAGUUCCUCAUUCAAAAGGCAGCAGGGUGAGAUACGAUAAUUGAGUAAUAAAUAUGCCCACAUACUCCUUCCCCCAAAAUGUGCCAUUCCCCUAAAACUAUCAUUAGUAGAGUGCCAAGUGAGUGCCCAACUGUUCUCUUUCAGGGUUAUUUACUAAGGAGAGAAUUGUUGAGAAUCUAAAGUGAAUUUAAAAUUUUAGACCCAAAUAGGGGAAUUGGAGAAUUUCUUUCCAGCAUUUUUUGCCUGAGAUUUGAAAUUCAUUUUGAGUUCACUUUGCAUUGCCAACAACUCUUAAUUUGGUAAAUAAACACUGAGUGGCUUCCAAAAGGUAAAAUUGUUUGCAAAUUCAAUAAAUAAAGUCCAGAGUCAUUUUGAACACGUUAGGGUAAAUUUUAAAUUGCCUCUAGUAAAUAGCCAGUUUGAAAAUGUUUGACACAUUCACAUAUUAUUCCAGAAUUUUGAAAUUUUGAGGCACAUUGAGAGCUUAGUGAAUAACCCCCAAAAUGACUGACUAUUUUUUAAAAUCAACUUUUCUGUCUAUAUCUUUUUGUCUGUCUGUCUUUAUAAAAUAUAUAAUUAUUUCGGUGGAGCCUCUUGCGGAAAUCUUUCAAAUACAUCUUUGACAAACAAUAAUGGACAUUAAAUAUUAUCAUGUAUUUAAAUGGAAGAGCAAUAAUUCUGAAAGAAUUGGUGUAUAAAUCCACUGAACAAAAUACUCAGGUAUGGCAGCCCCAGCCAAAUUCUAGUCUUUCUACUUGUCACGUCUACAUUUAUUUGUAAAUAUAAAACUAUGUGGCUUCAUUUAUAUUUUGUUCUAUAUUUUUGUAAUUUAAGAUACAAAUGUUACUGCAACAAUUGCACAAACGCAUCUAUACAAAUAUUGGCUUCACUGCCAUACAAGUAGUUCUUCUAUUGUUUGUUUAAUGUAAUGUCAUGUAUUUGAUUUGUUUCUAUUGUAAUGAAGUCUAAAAGAAAUAAAAU